ACUGUCACAGAUGAGGUCACUGUAAAGAUGUCAUCUUGUUGAUAAAUUGGGUGGCUUUGUUUUUUAAUUACGAUACCAAUUUCUUGUUAUUUACUGCGUUUCUUAAAACGUCUGCGAGAUUCCUUUUGUUAAAUAAAGUGACGUAGUACCACCGCAGCCAUGGAAAAAGACCUCGACAAAGUGAUAGAGGAGAUAAUGUCCACGCCAAACGUGAACGGCUGCUUGGUGGCGGAUCACCAGGGCCUGUGCUUGGCGGCGAAGGGCACGGCACACGUCGACUCCGCGGGCGUCAUCGUGGCCAUCUCGGAGCAGGCCUGCAAGAUCCAGCCCAAUCUCAAGCCGCCCACCGUCUGCCUCGAGACCGACAAGAAGCAAUGCUUAAUCCAGAGGCACGGGACGAUCACAGGCGCUAUCUUUAAGCAGAAAGCCUAGUAAAGACUCGGUAAAAGCCUAAUUUGACCACAAGAUG